AUGGAAUGGUCAUCUGAAAUUCAGACACUUCAGCUACAGGGUGUCAAGACGCACGUGGAAUUUUAUCCCUCUAGUCUCUGGAUGGGCAAACGGUUGGCUACGCUGGAAUUUAUUGGCCUGGACUUGUCUAACACGACGUUACCCAAACUCCCCAGCUCUCUCACACAGCUGCAGAUUACGAAUUGUGUGCUGUAUAAUUUACCUGUGACGUGGCUGCUCUCUCUGCCUCAGCUCGAGUCGAUUGUGCUGAUGGACAAUUAUUUGACGGAUGCGACACAAACGCUGACAGAGCUCAGUAACCAGCAAUUUACGUUGCUAAGCGGUCGAGUUGUGAGUAAUAUGGUAAUAGGGCCAACGGUGGAGGAAGCACAGAUUGCUGCGUGCACAGAGGAAAAAGGAGGCAGUGUGCAGAGGCUCGGUCAAUGGCCAGUAUGCGUCACUCCUGACGACGCAGUUAUUGCUCGAAAGUUGCUGAUUUUUACACAUCUUAGAUCCAGCGGAAGUUCUUUAGAGAACAGCAGCAGCUUUGGGUCUUCUUCACAUGAUCACGACACUUCGGCACUCGUGAUGCUCAGUCUCGGCUUGCCCUUCAUCUUUUGCUUGUAUAAGAUGGGGCUCUUCAUUUAUUUUAUGCGGACAAACAAACGAUAUAGUAGUGAGGGUGGUGGUACUAGCAGAGUUGGGCGUGUCCACACAUUAAAGAACGCGGCCACAGCCACGACACGUGAUACCGACGCCGGUCGUCCUACCGUAAACGUCUUGAGUACUUCUCCACCACCUUCUCCUUCCCCAUGCGGUUAUCAGAAGCGGGAUAAACAGCCAUUUGAAAGCAGCAACGCUGAAGUCUGGGUGGACAAGGAGCUGCAGUCGUGGCAGCUGGACUUUCAGCGUCUAAAAAUGCUGAAGUGUCUCAACUUGCUGCCAACUGAAAAGCGAACAACACUGCGUAAACAAAGCAUCACGAGCGCCAUGAACCCUCGCGAAAUAUGGCUAGCAUCACUUGCAGAUGAGUCCAUGGCAGCAGCAUCACCUGGAGAAGGCGCGCCUACAAAGUUGGUGGUAGCAAAAUAUUUGGCACCAAAGUUUGGCCAGGGACGACGCUCAUCUGCAAGUGGCAAUACAAAGGAUAAAUUAAAGCGCGAGUUGAAGCGUCAAGCCAUAUUUUCACAUCCACAAGUGGUAACCUUUAUCGGUGUAGCCUGGUCCCGUGAAACGCAUCUGAUCGCUGUCACCGAGUACAUGGCUCAAGGGGAUCUCCGACGGUGGCUUCAUCGUACUGCCAGCACACAUUCUGGCAAAUGGUCGAUUGUCAAAGUACAAAUGCUGCUGGACGUCAGUAGGGCUUUACUUUACCUGCACACAAUGCAUACGCGUCUAGUGCACGGCAACUGCAACUCCCGGAAUGUACUGUUGGACCAGUCACUCCGUGCAAAGUUAAGUGACUUUGGCGUGGAUGGCUCUGAUAGUCUUACGGAGCAGGAGCUCAUGUCGUACAGUGCUGUAGGAUCGGGACGAUGGAUCUCCCCUGAAGCACUUUUGGGAUGCGAAACUAGCGCAUCGUACCCGGACGCCAGUGACGUGUACUCGUUUGGAAUCUUGAUCGCCGAGUUGGACUCCCAUGAGCUGCCUUUUUCGGACUUGAUGCAGGCAAAUCGGGCAGCUGUGCCGGAGACUAACAUUCUGCAGCUAAUUUCGAUGGGUGCGUUAUCGCCCACGCUGUCCCCAACGUGUCCACCGAGUAUCGUGAAGCUGGUAGACGCGUGCACUAGCUACAAACCCAAGAACAGACCCAGCAGCUCUCAAGUACAGCAACACUUGCGGCGCAUUUUAGAGGACUUUCGGGAGUUUGAGAGUAAGACGACGGCUACGAUCUCGGUCGGGGCACAGCAUUCACACCCGCCGUCGAACUUGGUAUGA